AAGUCCAAAGAAGAAGAAGACAUUUUGCAAUAGUGUAUACCGGGUAUAUUCCUGCAUCGGUUCACAUGGUGGGUUACAGCAACACAAUGUAUCUGUGGAGCUUGUUACCAUCGGCUUUAAUCAUUUCACUGUGUUGUUCAACAUGGGCUUCCAUGAUCAAGCUAAAUGGUGGGGGAUAUGAAGAUAUUGUUAUUGCAAUUCAUCCUAACGUGACAGAAGAUCCUAAGAUUAUUGAAAAUAUUCAGAAUAUGGUGAAAGAAGCCAACCAGUAUUUAUUCAAUGCUACAAAGCAAAGACUCUUCAUAAAAAGUGCUAAAAUUUUAAUUCCACAAAAAUGGUCAAAAAACAACUAUCCAAAGCCCAAAACAGAAACAUUUGAUAAGGCAGAUGUGAUCAUUGCUGAGAAUCAUAAACAUUUUGGAGAUGAUCCAUAUACUCUGCAAUAUGGAAGAUGUGGGGAACCAGGAAGAUACAUUCAUUUGACACCUGACUUCUUGGUGGAUGACAAAAUGAUUUCAGUGUAUGGACCUCGAGGGAGAGUGUUUGUGCAUGAAUGGGCACAUUUACGAUGGGGCGUCUUUGAUGAAUACAACCUCGACAAACCAUUUUAUUUUGCUGGAAAUGGGAAAGUAGAAGCUACAAGGUGUUCUGCUGAUAUUACUGGUACCUACACAAAGCAAAACUGUCAAGGGAUUCGGUGUGCUUGCCUCUUUGACCAACAAACAGGCCUUUAUGAAGAUGGCUGUGUCUUUGUACCUGAGACGUACCAAUCUGUCAAGGAGUCCAUCAUGUAUUUGCAGGCACUCCCCUCUGUUUCUGAAUUUUGUGACAGUAAGCAUAAUCGCGAAGCUCCAACUCUACAGAAUCGAAUGUGUGACUCUCGCAGCACUUGGGAUGUUAUCAAGAACUCCACUGACAUAAAAUCCACUGCUCCUCGGGCUGACUUCAAUAUUCCAGUCCCUUCAUUCUCACUACUGCAGCAUGCUGGGAGAAUUAUGUCUUUAGUCCUUGAUGUCUCAGGAAGCAUGAGCACUAAUAAUCGUAUUGGACGGCAACUACAGGCGACAGAGCUCUUUGUUCUUCAGAUGAUUGAAAAUGGUGCUCAUCUUGGGAUUGUCAAGUUCUCAAGUUCUGCAACUGUCGUUUCACCUCUAGUGAAAAUUGAUUCACAACUGAAGCGGGAACAACUAAAGUCUCUCCUUCCCAAAACUGCUGGUGGAGGAACACAUAUCUGUGAUGGAAUUCGGGCUGGUAUUGAGGUGAACAAAAAAUUUGAUGGAUCGUCAUAUGGUACUGAGAUUGUAUUACUGGCAGCUGGCGAAGAUAACUUUGACACGUCGCUGUGCUUUAAGGAUAUAACUGAUAGUGGAGCAAUUAUUCAUGUCAUCGCUCUGGGACCAAAUGCAGCCAAGGCACUGGAAGUGAUUGCGAAAAUUACAGGAGGAUUAAGCUUUAAUGCACUAGAUAGAAUUGAAGCAAAUGAGUUAAUAGAUGCAUUCAGUGUCAUCAGUGGCAUUUAUUCUAGAAAUGAAGAAAUCAUUCAGCAGGCUAUUCAGAUGGAAAGCACUGGUUCUAUUGUUAAACCAAAUGGAUGUUUUGUGGGAGCAGUUUUUAUUGACAACUUAGUGGGUACUGAAACAUUCUUUUUAGUCACUUGGGAAAGUGCACUACCUGAUCUCAAUAUAGAGGACCCAAAGAGAAAACAGUACUAUACAGCUGACUUCACCACUGACACAACUGCCAGAUCAUCUAGACUUGGAAUCCCAGGAGCAGCAGAGAUUGGCCCUUGGUUUUACAAACUUUGCAAUAAAUAUACAUCAAACCAAGCCAUAACUAUCACAGUGACAUCAAAACCAGCAAAUGUAGAUAUUCCUCCACUAACGGUCAGUGCUCACAUGAAUCAAGACACAAACAAUUAUCCACAUCCAAUGGUUGUCUACGCUUCAGUAAGUCAAGGUCUCCUGCCAGUGAUAGGAGCAAAAGUAACAGCUGCUGUUCAGCCACCCAGUGGAACUCCUGUGAUAUUAGAUCUUCUGGAUAAUGGAGCAGGUGCUGACAUUGUAAAGAAUGAUGGUGUCUACUCAAGAUACUUCAAAGAUUACGAUGGAAAUGGAAGGUACAGCUUAAAAGUGCGCAUUGCAAGCAUCGAGAAAACAACCCGUCUGGCACUUCCAAGGAGCCGAGCCCUUUAUAUUCCAGGCUAUUUAGAAAAUGGUGAGGUCACUCUGUAUCCUCCAAGGCCAGUAAUUAAUGAGGAGGACCUUAAUCUGGGAGAAUUCAGUAGAACAGCCUCCGGGGGAUCUUUUGUAGUAUCUGAUGUACCUACAGGUCCUCUGCCAGACAUAUACAAACCUGAGAAAGUGACUGACUUGGAGGCAAACAUUGAAGAAGACACAAUAGUGCUGGCCUGGACAGCAACUGGGGAUGACCUGGACCAGGGAACAGUUUCAGAUUAUGAUUUAAGAAUGAGCGACAGCCCUGAAGAGCUCAGAAGAAAUUUUGACAGUUGCACUUCAGUCAACAUUUCCAGCUUUGUACCACAGGAAGCUGGUGCCCAAGAAAAAUUCACAUUUGUGCCAAAAGAUAUUGUAAUAAACAAUGGCACCAUCCUUUAUUUUGCUCUUGUUGCUCUUGAUAAAGCCUCCCUGAAAUCAGAUCUGUCAAAUAUAGCACAAGCGGCUCUGCUUAUUCCUUCAGAUAGUUCUGGAAAGCUGGACAUAACUAUACUGGCAGCCAUAAUUUGUUCAGCAGUUAUUAUCAUUUGUCUUAUUAUUAGUAUUACUGUGUGUAUUGUGAGCUGCACAAAGAAAAAAACAAAUCCAGAAUUGAGAUUGUAAAACAAAUGAUUUUGUGUAGAUUAAGGGGCAGAUAUAUCAAGGGUUGAAGUGAAAAUUAGAAAUAAAAAAAUUAGAAUUCUGAGCUAUUUUUUG